AUGCCACCAUCAGCCGUCCGUAGGACAUCCUCUUCGGAUUCAAACGACAGCAUAAGGAAACGCGUCGGCAAGGCCUGUGAUAGAUGUCGUCUCAAGAAGUCCAAGUGUGACGGCAGCCACCCGUGCACCAGAUGCAAAGCUGAUAAUGCUAUCUGCGUCUUCGGCGAGAGAAAGAAGUCCCACGACAAGAUCUAUCCCAAAGGAUACGUAGAGAUGCUCGAGCAGCAACAAGCUCAACUGGUUGCUGGUCUCCAAGAAACAUAUCGUCGCCUUCUCGAUGCAAAUGUCUGGCCUGGAAAACCUCUAUCUGAAGCUACUGGACAUCCUCUUACCCACGACAUUCUUGCAAGACUGGAUCUUCUGGAACCCAAAAAU